AUGGAGAGGUUUCUUGGGGUUAAAAAUUACUUCUGUGGAGCAGAACACAUGUCAAUGGAUGGAAGCAGCCAUUCUGGAUUAGUUGGUGGCGCUAGGAGGAGUUAUCCUAGAGUCAUAAAGAGAUCAGUAAUUUCACCUGAUGAUCGGAAGUACAAAAUCUGGCAGAACUUUCUCCUUCUGCUAGUUGUUUACACGGCACUGGUGGCUCCUUUCCAAUAUGGUUUUCUUUUCAAACCAGUUGGAGGACUGGAGAUCGCAGAUAUUGUUAUCGACGGAAUUUUCUUGAUAGAUAUUUUCAUCACCUUCUUUGUUGGCUACCGCGACAGAAAAUCUUACGUAUUCGUUGACAACCAUUGGGAAAUCGCUUGGAGGUACGCAACAUCUUGGUUAAUAUUCGAUGUCAUAGCUGCGAUUCCCGUUCAGCUUUUUGCUCAGCAGUAUGCGUUAUUUAGCAUCAUGCUUCGUCUCUGGCGUCUUCAUAGAGUGUGCUCUUUGUUUUCUGCAAUGGAGAAAGAUAUCAGGUUUAACUACUUUUGGGUGAGGUGUGUCAGGCUUUUCUGUCUGACAAUAUUCUACGUUCACUGUGCUGCAUGUGUUUAUUAUACUAUCGCUGCACGUAGCAGCCACCCAGAACGAACGUGGCUUGGUGACUUGCUUGAUGAAAGUCUGGGAGUUCGAUAUGUUACAUCGAUUUAUUGGUCUGUUACCACUUUCACGUCUGUUGGUUAUGGUGAUUUGCAUCCCGUGACUUGCAUGGAGAUGCUAGUGGCCGUACUAUACAUGCUUUGCAACCUCGGAUACCAAGCCUAUCUGAUAGGAAAUAUGACUUAUAUGGUCGUCCAUAUGACAGCACGUACUAGUAAAUUUAGGGAUACAAUUGAAGCUGCUUCCAGUUUUGCAAAUAGGAACCAUCUCCCGGAAAGCUUACAAGAUCAGAUGCUUUCCAGUUUGUGUUUGAAGUACAAAACUGACUCAGAAGGGUUGCAGCAGCAAGAAACUCUGGAAGCCCUGCCUAAAACCAUCCGCUCAAGCAUAUUACAUUUUCGCUUCGAUAAUCUGGUCGAUAAGGUGUAUUUGUUCCAAGGGGUAUCAAAAGACUUCCUUUUCCAGCUAGUCUCAGAGAUGAAACACGAGUUUUUCCCACCGAAAGAAGAUGUUAUAUUACAGAAUGAAACGCCCACGGACUUCUAUAUACUGGUUUCAGGCACAGUAGAGCUAACGGUAUGCAAUAAUGGGACAGAACAGGUUAUAGGAGAGCUAAGGAGUGGAGAUAUUUUUGGUGAGAUUGGUGUGCUUUGCUACAGGCCACAGCUCUUCCAAGUGCGCACUAAAAAAUUGUGUCAGCUGCUGCGGCUAAACCGUACUGCAUUCAUGAACAUUACCCAGGCGAAUGUUGGUGAUGGGACUAUAAUUAUGAACAAUCUCCUGCAGCACUUGAAAGAGGAUGAUGACCCGAUCAUGCAAAAAGUUUUGAUUGACACAGAGAAGAUGCUAGCUCAUGGUAAACUGGACCUUCCGCUAUCUCUAUGUUUUGCAGCUCGUAGAGGUGAUGAUCUUUUGUUGCAUCAAUUACUAAAGAAAGGUGAAGACCCAAAUGAAACUGACAACAGCGGCCGCACGGCUCUGCAUUUAGCUGCAGCUAAAGGAAGUAAGGAUUGUGUUGUUCUUUUACUAGAUUAUCAAGCCGAUCCAAAUAGCAGAGAUUCAGAAGGAAAUGUCCCUCUUUGGGAAGCAAUAGUUGGGAAACAUGAUUCAGUGGUUAAGAUGUUGAUAGACAAUGGUGGGAACCUAUCAUCAGGAGACAUUGGUCGAUUAGCAUGCACUGCCGUAGAACAAAAUAGUCAAGAUUUGCUUCAGAAAAUAUUAGAAAACGGUGGAGAUGUGAAAGUCCCAAAGAGCGAUGGGACAACGGCGCUUCAUGUAGCCGUUUGCGAUGGGAAUAUUGAUUUAGUCAGGUUUCUCCUGGAACAAGGAUGUGAUAUUGAUAAAGCUGAUGUCCAUGGAUGGACACCAAGAAAAUUAGCUGAUCAACAAGCUCAUGAAGAGAUUAAGUUGCUCUUUCGAUCCAAGCAAGAACCAAAACAGCAGCCAGCAGUUUCAAGUGAACCUACAAUUACACAUCCAGCACCAAAUGAUGCAGACAUGGAGGUUUUGUGGAGAGGUAACGGCCAACACAGAAGAACUAGCCAUUUUCACAAGUCAAUAUUUGGGAUCAUGUCUACUGCCCAUGCAGCUGGUGAGAGAAGCAAAAGCGAUGAUUAUUCACAAAAAGAUCUUGGAAUGCCUGCUCGAAAUUUACCCGAGCUGUUUCCUGCUAGAGUAACAAUUACUUGCCCGGAGUUGAGCCAAACCAGAGGAAAACUUGUGUGUUUGCCAAAGUCUCUGGAAGAACUAAUUGGAAUUGGUACUACAAAAUUUGGAUUUUCAGCUAGUAAAAUUUUGACCAAAGAUGAAGCUGAAAUUGAUGAUAUAAGACUGAUUAGAGAUGGCGAUCAUCUUCUCCUUGUUAGUGAUACUUGGCCUGCUGGAUCAGAUGCAUAA